AACAGACUCAUUGAAUGUUUGUCAAAUUUAGUUUAUCUUAACUUAUCCAACAGUCAAUUACAUGAUUUACCAAACUCUCUGAAUGUACUAAAGAAACUGAAGUAUUUACGCAUUGAUUCCAAUUUAUUUGUUUAUAUUCCGAACAUAGUGUGUGAAUUAAUUGGUAUGAGAACUUUGACAGCUUGCAAUAAUCGUAUAAAAGAUGUUCCAAACAAUUUAAAUAACUUAUUAAAUCUAGAAGAACUGGAUUUGAAUUCUAACAAAUUAAGGAACCUACCAAAUUCGUGUUCCAAUUUAAACCAAUUAAAAAAGCUUUCGCUGGCGCAUAAUAAAUUCGAAAUAAUUCCAAGUUGUGUUGCAAAUGGAAUGCGCAAUUUGGAAGAGUUUGACUUCUCGCGGAAUUCUUGGUCGGAGUUAAACGUUUCACCACAGACCACGAAAUUAAGUUCAUUUUAUGCCGAAAAUAACGGCCCUUGUCCAGCAUUCCCGAGAUGGGUACUGAAUUCCAGAUUCAAAAAUCUUGAAACGGUGUCGUUAAACGAAACUUCAUUUCAAAAAUUUGAUUUGCCAGAAGAGCCGUUAAAAGUGAACAUUAAAAUGUUAUCCAUGAAACAGUGCAAAUUGUUCGAAACGAUCUUAAGAAAAAUAACUGUCGGAAUGACGAAUCUGGAGCGGUUGAUAAUCGGAAAUACGGGAGCAUAUUAUGGAAAUAGUUUCUGGCGAAUGCCAAUAGAAUCAUUGAAAGAACCGUCCAGUCUCAAAGAAAUUGACAUAAGCGGGACAGGGAUUUCAUUAAUACCUAAGAUGAUUAGUAAUUUUUAUAAAUUGUCCAUAAUGAACGUCAGUUCAAAUAACAUUACUUGGUUACCGGAAGAAAUUUGUUUGUUAACGAACUUGACUAGCUUAAUGAUAGACAAAAAUAAUUUAAUGAUGCUUCCUAAGGAUAUAGGAAAGUUGGUGUCGUUAAACGAAUUGAAAGCUGGUUAUAAUAAUUUGUACGAGCUGCCGGUCACCUUUGAAGCUUUAAACAAUUUGCAAUAUAUUGAUCUCUACGACAACGAGUUCGAAAUAGUUCCGGAAGUGUUGACGAAACUGCCUGAUUUGAUAGGACUGGAUCUCGAAGAAAAUUAUUUCUCGACUGAAGAUUUAUUGCUCGAUAGGAGUGAUGGAUAUGAAAAAAUGAGAAAUAUUUUAAGAGGCCACUGGGGUGAAAGUAAUAAAACACUUAGAGGGGCUAAAUUAAGACUACCGGAGGCGUCGGAGUCAUUGUCUGACAGUAAAGAGAGCUUUUCACCGUAUUCAUUUUCAUCGGACGUGACAAUAGAUAAUUCGUUGGAAGAAGAAGCCUUAUAUUCGUUACCUGACGGAUCUGUUAAUGAAUUUGCGAAUGAACAUUGGGAUACAUCGGAAGAUUCAGCCGACGAAUUUGACCCUAACGAACCUAGGGAACCAAAGAGGCGUGCCUAUUCGCCGUUUACAUUUUACAAACCAUUCCAACGUGUUUACUGCCCAGCGGAAUUUCAUGAAACACGAGUUAUACACAGAAUUAUACAAAUGUUGCAAGAAGGGACUCUAGUUUGGUCAUCGAGUUAUGCAGAAGGACAAUUCGAAGAUCCGUAACAAGUUCAUUCUCAACGGGACAACAGAUUCACCUCUGAAAGCCAUAACGUAUAAUUUUUGUACACCCUGUGCAUU